AUGCCGGCGUCCUUGCGUUGCUGCCUCGCGCCGACAGGAGCGCGCGGCCCGGCAGAGCGCUGCACCGCACCGCAACCCGCCGAGCCGACCCGCGCUAAGCCGUCGCAUCGGGUCGGGUUGGGUCGGGUCGGGACGUAUCGGGCAGGGGCCAAUUUUCAGAAAGAGGCUUGGGAAAAAAUGCAAUGUCCACGACAC